AUGUCCUCAUCUAUUCUGCCUACAGCCAAAAUAAAUAGUUUGGAAUUUUUCCAUAUUAACUGGAAAGUAUGGAAAAUUAUUGGCUUGCGGUUAUUCAAAAGGGAUGUUCACACUCAACAACGUCUACCUGUGAGCCGUUUAUACCUCUCGUGGAGUAAUGAAGCUAAUUUUGUGGUCACAAUCCUAUUUCCCAUACAUCUUUCAAUGGGAAUUUUUGAUAAUAAAUCAAAACUGUUCGACGGUCUAAAUGUUACCAUCACCAGCAUAGGAGCCACAGUCAAGUUCUUUUUAAUGGCCAGCAAAAUGAAGCAAAUAGCCCAAAUGGAGGCUCUCAUACAAGUGCUCGAUGCUCGGGUGACACAUCUGGAAGAAUUGGAGCAUUAUCGUACGCGCAUACGUCUGAAUAUAUUGAAUAUCCAACGAAUGUACCUUUCACUGUAUAGUGGCAUUGGGGUAGCAUUAGCUGCUUCAAUUCUAUUCAGCAAAGAACGACGUCUACUCUACCCAGGAUGGCUGCCUUUUGAUUGGCGAACUUCGACAGGCUACUAUGCUCUGGCUAUGCUCUAUCAGCUUUUUGGUUUCGCCAUUCAAAUAUCGCAGACAUUUAGCAAUGACAGCUUUGCACCCAAAACCUUGUGCAUUCUGUCGGCUCACAUUGAACUUUUAUACAAGAGAGUGUCCCGCAUUGGUUUUGAUGGUCCCUAUGCAGGAGAUUCUGGUAGCAAAGCAGCCCUAGUGCAGCAGGAGGAGGAAUUAAAACAAUGUGUGUUGGAUCAAAUUAAUUUGUAUGAGCUCUACAAAACCAUUCAGGACAUCAUAUCCUGGGCCAUGGUUAUACAGCUUCUGGUCUCGGUACUAAAUAAUUGUGUGGCAAUGGUGGCUUUGUUGUUCUUUGCAACUGAGUUAUUUGAUCGCAUCUACUACUCCAUCUACAUUGUAGGUCUGGCUAUGCAGCUUUUUCCCUCCUGCUAUUAUGGCAGUGAUUUUGUGCUGCUCUUUGAAAAACUCCACUAUGCUGUGUUCUCGUGCAAUUGGAUUGGCCAAUCGAAGAGUUUCAAGCGCCACAUGAUGAUAUUCACGGAGAGGUCUUUGCGUCAGACUAUGGCAUUGGCCGGUGGCAUGUUUCCCAUACAUUUGGAUACCUUUUUUGCCACAGCCAAAGCGACAUAUUCGCUAUUUGCGCUUAUCAUAACAAUAAAAUAAAGCCAAAUGAAGGAAUUAAAGGAGAUUAAAGGGAAAAUGUU